UGGAUCGGAGGGGCGAGGUAGCGCCGGGAAGGUGACGCGGCUGCGGAGGUGACGCCGUGAGGUCGCGCGGCCCUUCCGGCGCGGGCAGGGCGCUGAGAAUCGGGCGCCCCUCGGCCGCAGGCCACCUCCAACGCCGCGGGAUGUAGCGCCCGGGCCCCGCGGCCCCCAGCAGAGCAGCCAGCCAGGCCUUUAGAAGACCAAACUGGACAAUGGACUUUUCUCACUAUGCUGACAUGAUCUCCAUUGACCUCCAUUACUUCUCAAAGAUGACCGAAGCUGUUUGCUACUCAGUGUUAUGAGUUGAUCUCUGAGAACUGUUUAUUCCGUAGGACUUCCCUUUGAAGAAGUAUAUUUUGAGUGUCUACCAUCACAGGAAGAUCUCUGCCCCCUGGGGCUGAGAGACCCAAACCUUUCCUCAAGCUGAAGCUGCAGGGUAUUGAGGUACCAGCCAGAUGUCUUCCCACAAAGGGCCUGCGGUGGCACAGGGCAAUGGGGCUCCUUCUGGUAACAGAGAAACUGACACAGUGGAACUGGCUGAACUGGGACCCCUGCUGGAGGAGAAGGGCAAGCGGACAACCACCAGCCCAGCAAAGGCUGAAGAAGAACAGACAUGCCCAGUGCCUCAGGAAGAGGAGGAGGAGGUGCGGGUACUAACGCUUCCUCUGCAAGCCCACCAUGCCAUGGAGAAGAUGGAGGAGUUCGUAUAUAAGGUCUGGGAGGGGCGCUGGAGAGUCAUCCCGUAUGACGUGCUUCCUGACUGGCUGAAAGACAAUGACUACCUGUUACACGGCCACAGACCACCUAUGCCCUCCUUUCGGGCUUGCUUCAAGAGCAUCUUCCGCAUCCACACAGAAACUGGCAACAUCUGGACUCAUCUGCUUGGUUUCGUGCUGUUCCUCUUUUUGGGAAUCUUGACCAUGCUCAGACCAAAUAUGUACUUCAUGGCUCCCCUGCAGGAGAAGGUGGUGUUCGGGAUGUUCUUCCUCGGUGCAGUGCUCUGCCUCAGCUUCUCCUGGCUCUUCCACACUGUCUAUUGUCACUCAGAGAAAGUCUCACGGACUUUUUCUAAACUGGACUAUUCAGGGAUUGCUCUGCUGAUCAUGGGGAGCUUUGUCCCCUGGCUCUAUUACUCCUUCUACUGCUCCCCACAGCCACGGCUCAUCUACCUCUCCAUCGUCUGUGUCCUGGGCAUUUCUGCCAUCAUUGUGGCACAGUGGGAUCGGUUUGCCACUCCUAAGCACCGGCAGACAAGAGCAGGCGUGUUCCUGGGACUUGGCUUGAGUGGUGUUGUACCCACCAUGCACUUUACAAUCGCUGAGGGCUUUGUCAAGGCCACCACAGUGGGCCAGAUGGGCUGGUUCUUCCUUAUGGCUGUGAUGUACAUCACCGGAGCUGGCCUGUAUGCUGCUCGGAUUCCUGAGCGCUUCUUUCCUGGAAAAUUUGACAUAUGGUUCCAGUCUCAUCAGAUUUUCCACGUCCUGGUGGUAGCAGCGGCUUUCGUCCACUUCUAUGGGGUCUCCAACCUUCAGGAAUUCCGUUAUGGCCUGGAAGGUGGCUGUACCGACGACUCCCUUCUCUGAGCCUUCCCACUGAGGGUGGAGGAGGAACUUCCCAAGUGCUUUUAAAAAUAACUUCCUUGCUGAAGUAAGAGGGAGAGUCUGAGUUGUCUGUUUCUAGAAGAAACCUUAGAGAAGUGAGUACCAGUCAGCUUCAGCUCACUGUCACAGCCACCGGGCAAUAAACCUCCCCUUCCCAUCCCCUGGCUGGGAGCCACCUCCUCAGCAGCCACCUCAGCAAGGACUGCUAGUCCUUCAAAGAUAGGACUAUGAAGCUCAUGUUGAGAUUUCACCCAUUCCUCCAGCCAUUUUGGGGAAAAAAGUAUGAACUGGGAUUCUUCAGAAAUUAUGUUUUGCUUUUUCUUGAAGAAAAUAUCCCUCCCUUACCCCCAUCCUUACUUUGUAACCUGGCUGAUAACAGGCCAUCCGUUUUUGUAGCACACUUUUCAAAAACAAUUAUAACCUGGUCCUGUCUUUCUAGGGCCUAGACCUGCUUAUAUGGCAGGACAAACAAAGCCACCGCCUUGAUGUAGCCCGGCUAAUCAUGGAAGUAUGUCCAGGCUUCAAAUAACUUGAGUUUAAAACCUUUUUUUUUUCUUGGCAGAGUAAUGUAAAAUUAAAAUGGGGAAGAUAUUUAAUAUUUAAUACUAAGCUUUAAAAAGAAACCUGCUAUCAUUGCUAUGUACCUUGACUCAAAGACUAUUAUGAUAAUAAAAGAAAGUACAGACAACGCUUGGCAUUCAAAGA